AUGGCCUCCUCCGCGUCCCUGCAGCGCUUCCUCCCGCCCUCCGCGCACGCGUCGUCGUCGUCCUCGUCCCGCCGUCGCCCCGGCCGCGCCAGGGCGGCCGUCUCCCUGCCGUCGUCGUCCCCACCGUCGGCCGGCGAGGUCCCCGCGGAGCGGCUGGAGCCGAGGGUCGAGGAGCGGGUGGGAGGGUACUGGGUGCUCAAGGAGAAGUACCGGACGGGGCUCAACCCGCAGGAGAAGGUGAAGAUCGAGAAGGAGCCCAUGGGGCUGUUCAUGGAGGGCGGCAUCAAGGACCUCGCCAAGAUCCCCAUGGAGGAGAUCGACGCCGCCAAGGUCACCAAGGACGACGUCGACGUCCGCCUCAAGUGGCUUGGCCUCUUCCACCGCCGCAAGCACCAGUAUGGGCGCUUCAUGAUGCGGCUGAAGCUGCCCAACGGCGUGACGACGAGCGAGCAGACGCGUUACCUAGCGAGCGUCAUCGAGGCGUACGGCGAGGACGGGUGCGCCGACGUGACCACCCGGCAGAACUGGCAGAUCCGCGGGGUGACGCUCCCUGACGUGCCGGCCAUCCUCGAGGGCCUCCGCGCCGUCGGCCUCACCAGCCUGCAGAGCGGCAUGGACAACGUCCGCAACCCCGUCGGCAACCCGCUCGCCGGCAUCGACCCCGACGAGAUCGUCGACACGCGCCCCUACACCAACCUGCUCUCCUCCUACAUCACCAACAACUCCCAGGGCAACCCCACCAUCACCAACCUGCCGAGGAAAUGGAACGUGUGCGUGAUCGGGUCGCACGACCUGUACGAGCACCCGCACAUCAACGAUCUGGCGUACAUGCCGGCGGUCAAGGACGGCAAGUUCGGCUUCAACCUCCUGGUGGGCGGGUUCAUCAGCCCCAAGAGGUGGGGCGAGGCGUUGCCGCUCGACGCCUGGGUCCCCGGCGACGACAUCAUCCCGGUGUGCAAGGCCAUCCUCGAGGCGUUCCGGGACCUCGGCAACAGGGGCAACCGGCAGAAGACGCGCAUGAUGUGGCUCAUCGACGAGCUCGGGAUGGAGGUGUUCCGGUCGGAGGUGGAGAAGAGGAUGCCGAACGGGGUGCUGGAGCGCGCGGCGCCGGAGGACCUCAUCGACGCCAAGUGGGAGCGGCGUGACUACCUCGGCGUGCACCCGCAGAAGCAGGAAGGCCUGUCGUACGUGGGCCUGCACGUGCCCGUGGGCAGGCUGCAGGCCUCCGACAUGUUCGAGCUCGCGCGGCUCGCCGACGAGUACGGCACCGGCGAGCUCCGGCUGACGGUGGAGCAGAACAUCGUGCUCCCCAACGUCAGGAACGAGAGGCUCGACGCGCUGCUCGCGGAGCCCCUCCUGCAGGAGCGGCUCUCGCCGCAGCCGUCGCUGCUGCUCAAGGGCCUGGUGGCGUGCACGGGCAAACAGUUCUGCGGGCAGGCCAUCAUCGAGACCAAGGCGCGGGCGCUGCAGGUGACGCGGGAGGUGGAGAAGCGGGUGUCCGUGCCACGGCCGGUGCGGAUGCACUGGACGGGGUGCCCCAACAGCUGCGCCCAGGUGCAGGUCGCCGACAUCGGCUUCAUGGGAUGCCUCACCAAGGGCAGCGACGGCAAGGUCUGCGAGGCGGCGGACAUCUUCGUCGGCGGCCGCGUCGGCAGCGACUCGCACCUGGCGGACGUGUACAAGAAGGCCGUGCCGUGCGAUGACCUGGUGCCCGUCGUGGCGGACAUCCUGGUGGAGCGGUUCGGGGCCGUGCCCAGGGAGAGGGAGGAGGACGAGGAGUAGGAGCGCCGGAUCGAUCGAUCGAUGCUGCUGCUUCGGUGAUCUUCGGAGCACAUCGAGUUGCCGUUUGUUGUAAAGUAGACGCUGCUGCCUUGUUCCAUGGCACGAUUUGUUUUUGGUCCCCCUGUUGUAGCCAAAAAAGGGUUCCCUUGUUCACGUUAUUACAGAAAGAGAAUGCUGAUAAAUAAGAAUAACAUGUUGCCUGCCA